CCCUCCCACCUGCGCUAAUUAAUCACAUCACGAGAUCCCCUUCUCUUCCUCCGGGUUCCGUCGUACUCCUCUCGCUCCCACCGCCACGCGACCGCCUCGCGCGCUCCCUCUCCGUGCCGCCGGGUUCCCGCGGCGAGGCUCUCCGCUCCGCCCGUGCCGCGCCACAGGGUGCCUUGAAGGAUGAUAAUUGAAACAAAAUGAUUCUAUAUUCCAACAUAUUUUGGAGAUGGAUGAUCUGCCUGAUGAUGAAGGACGAUCCCAGACACACUCUUCAGAUCGAAAUUGUUGGCCCUCCUUUUUGGAGCACAAGUUCCAAUCCCUUUCCCUGACUAAGCAGGAAAGGAAUUUAGAUUCGGCAGAUUCUUCCCUUGUUUGUAAGGAAGCCGAUCAUCCAUUGCAGGCUGCUCAGAUAUUAUGGUCUACUGGAUCUCUAUCAAGUCCAAUACCCAAUGGUUUUUAUUCUAUUAUUCCGGAAAAGAGGCUCAAGGAGUGUUUUGACACUAUUCCUUCUCCUGAUGACCUUUACUCCCUUGGAAUAGAGGGAUUCAAGGCUGAGAUCAUACUUGUGGACUUAGAAAGAGAUAAAAAGCUAUCUGCUUUAAAGCAACUAUGCACAGCGCUGGUAAAAGGAUUGAAUUCAAAUCCUGCUGCAGUGAUAAAAAAGGUUGCAGGCCUGGUUUCUGAUUUCUAUAAGCGACCGAACCCGCAGCUCAGUCCUGCAAGAACUUCCUCCGAAGAACUUUCUCAUUUUAUAGAAAACAGGGGAGUUCAAUUUCUCGGACAGAUAAGACAUGGAUCUUGCAGGCCCAGAGCUAUAUUAUUUAAAGUUCUUGCUGACUCUGUUGGUAUGGACUGCAAACUACUGGUGGGCAUUCCAAAUGAAGAAUCUCAUGAAUACGAUGAUUCAUCCAAACAUAUGUCUGUAGUGGUCAUGUUGAAGAGUGUGGAGUUUCUAGUUGAUCUGAUGCGUUUUCCAGGACAACUAGUUCCAUUUUCAUCCAAGGCUGUCAUCACAUCCCAUAUAUCUGCAGCUGGAGAGAGUGAUUCAGCUGACUAUGAUUCUUGUGAUUCUCCUCUUGAACCUAAUAGUCCUCUAUGUGCUCAACGGCAAGAGCAAGAUGACAACAACAGAUCCUUCAAAGUCCCAUCUCUAAGAAACAUUAUGCUUAGAUCAACAAAUUCUAUGGAGGGUAAAUUGUGGUGUUCAUCACAUAGUGAUCCGAAUGUUGCCAAUGCCUUCUGUGGUCGCAGCCGGAGGAAAGUUGUGAAUGAACAUCAAAGAACUGCAAGUUCAAGUCCAGAGCAUCCAUUGUCCAGAGCUCGUGGGCGCUCAAUGCUGGGUGAUAGACAAUACGGCGAUGGUCUAGCUGUAUCAAGGUACCUCAAUGGUGCAUCAACAUCAAAUACACGUAGAGCACGGAGAAGAAGUAUAAGUAUUACCCCUGAAAUUAGUGAUGAAAUUGUGAGAGCAGUUCGAGCAAUGAGCGAAAGCAUGAGACAGAAUCGCUCAUCAAGGGGACAUAAUGAUGACAGUCCUGGACACUCAAAUGAUUCACGGAAAUAUGAAUCAGUUGAUGCUUCCAACGACAAGGAAGUAUCUACAAGAGGACCAAAUGUACUGGAGGGUUUCAGAAGACAAAUUAAUACUCAGAAGGCAGUGUCAUUACCUUCGUCGCCCCAUAAGUCAGGUAUAUGUGGUUCUGACCUCGGAGGCCCAACUGACUUUACAGCAGAAGAUCUGAUGUCAACCUGGAAUAAGGUGUUGCAGUCUUCACCAUUUCUGAACAAGCCUUUAUUGCCAUAUGAGGAAUGGCAUAUUGAGUUCUCAGAGAUUACUGUUGGCACUCGUGUCGGAAUAGGUUUCUUUGGAGAAGUCUUCCGUGGCACCUGGAAUGGAACAGAUGUAGCUAUAAAAGUGUUCCUGGAGCAAGAUUUGACAGCAGAGAAUAUGGAAGAUUUCUGCAACGAGAUCUCAAUACUUAGCCGACUUCGACAUCCUAAUGUCAUACUCUUCCUUGGUGCAUGUAUGAAGCCUCCUCAUUUAUCCCUAGUCACUGAGUAUAUGGAAAUGAGUUCUUUGUACAAUUUGAUUCAUUCACGUGCACGGAGAAGUAAGUUCCAUUGGAGGAGGAGGUUAAAGAUGCUCCGUGAUAUCUGUAGGGGUCUCAUGUGCAUGCACCGGCUGAAGAUAGUUCACCGCGAUCUGAAGAGUGCAAAUUGCCUUGUAAACAAGCACUGGACAGUCAAGAUAUGUGAUUUUGGGCUCUCCCGAGUAAUGUCAAAUUCUGCAAUGAAUGACAACUCAUCUGCAGGAACUCCAGAGUGGAUGGCCCCCGAGCUCAUUCGCAACGAGCCAUUUACAGAAAAGUGUGAUAUCUUCAGCUUUGGGGUUAUCAUGUGGGAGCUCUGCACUCUGAGUAGGCCUUGGGAAGGAAUACCAUCAGUUCAGGUUGUUUACUCUGUUGCAAACGAAGGGGCAAGAUUGGAAAUACCAGAUGGACCUCUUGGAAGCUUGUUAGCGGACUGCUGGGCAGAACCGGAGAAGCGUCCAGGCUGCCAGGAGAUCCUUACCCGACUGCUUGAUUGCGAACACACCUUGUGCUAGAGUUUCCUGCUUCUAGUCUGUACAAUGGUUUUGGAGGCAGCAAAUUGGUCCCCGGCUUAUACAUCAUUGCAUUUCCCAUUUCUCAUCAUUUUGAUGUCUGAGUUGUAAAUUACCAAACCAUUGUAAUAAACAAGCUUUCCUUAA